AUGCUCGAAUUAUACUUGACGCCAAAACAAGGAAAUGUUGGUGGGAGAUUCUUCCCUCAUACAGGACACCUUGGAGUGACCCCGGUGGUCAUCUCCGGUAAAGUUGGCACUCGACUUCCGGAAGUAUGUGAGCCUCUAGGUGUCAAAUCCAUCACCUUAGGUAUCAGAUGUACCGAAACUGCAGGGAAUGGUGUUAGUCAGGUACUUUGGGAGAAGAAAAAGGUCCUGUUGACUGCUCCGGAUGAUGAAGAAUAUCUGGAGAUGGGAGAUUGGGACUCGAUGUUCAAGACGACCAUCCCUGUCGAUGCUAUCGACACGGCAAGAAGUACAAUGUGUAUCCCCGAAUACAAGGUAGUAUGGAGAAUGGAAGUGGUCAUUGAACAUCGACCGAUACCAUACGUUGGUACGUCAAUAGCCAAGGCUUUCGCUCUCAACUUGCACAGUCAUCGAUCACCUGCCAUUCGACCCAUGUCACCUCCCUCACCUUACACUCUCGGCUCAGAAUCUUACACUUCCAACAUCACCGUCUCUGCUCAGCCUGGCGCUUUCGGACCUGGUGAUUCUUUUCCAGUAUAUGUGCAAGUCAAACCUCUCGACCCUUACACAACAGUCAAAAAAGCUUCUGUUUACCUUGAAAGACAGAUGGAAAUCACCAACACCAGAUCUGUCUCUCCACAAUCUCAACAUCGUUUAUCGUCCAUCUUCCGUUCUUCACACAACCCCCAUCAACGUCUACCUGAACCUCAGGAAAUUGUCUUAUCGAGAAAAGAUAAGCUCGCCGAAGCUUCAGGUAGCAACAUUGUAGUAGACAAGAGCGGGACGUCUUGGUGUCAAAUGGAAAUAUCCCUACCUCAGCGUCAUGGCAAAUGGGAUCUGGGAGAAACUCAUUCCACCAAACUUGUCUCGCUCUCAUACACUCUCAAAGCGACUGUCACGCUGAAAUCUGAUAAGUCACGCUCAUCCAGAUCAUUCUCCUGCUCUCCCGUACCGAUAGUCAUAGCCUCAACAUCGACCGAAGAUAGGGCAGCUGCUGUGAAAUCCAUCGACUCUCAUCAGAAGAAAAGACAUCGAAGUUCUCGAAGGGGUCUAUACAUGCACGAAGGUAAUGUGGAUGUCAGUGAUCCUUCCCUCGGUGAACCUGCACCUAUAUACACCUCCGUCAAGGGUAUUGCGACAGAUGUCAAACCGAUCUUGUUACCUUCGAACCAUCCCGCGCAGUCACAGAAUAUCCAAUUCAUCUUCCCCUCACCACCACCGUACGCUUCGAAGCCUAUGGCAGUCGCUUCUCUCCUCAACCCAGCAUCUUCAUCCACCUCACCACCCGCAUCUACCUCGACAUUACCUACUCCACCACCUACGCUACACGAUAUAGGCCCCGAGUCGACUAACUUACUCCGUGCAUUCCAAUCUACCGGUCGAAGGAUUUCGACCACUACUUCAGAAGAAGAUGAAGUACAACCAUCAAGGAGUAAACAGAAAUUACGUGCGGAUCGAGAAGGUAACAACAGGAGAGCCGAAUUCGCUACGUUACCUCUACCCUCCCUGGAUGCGUUGGGUUCGGGUCUACCAUAUGUGCCAGAUGACGACCGACCUAGAUCCCGACCGCGUACUGCCCCUAUUCAUUCUACAUUCUCGAUGAACAUCCCUCCGCCACUUUCUGGUCAUUUGUCUAUACCGAGUGGUACUUUUGGAUUAGGUCCCAGACCGAUGACUUCGAUGGCUAGGAUGGGCAGCGAUCAAUCGCUGUCUAGGACAUUCGAAGAUCGACCAGGGAAUGAAGAGGGUUCAUUCGCAUUUGCUUUCUCCGGUACGAAUUCGCCUUCAUCAGGUAAACAAUAA